UUUGUUUUUUGCCCACAAGAAUUCUCAUCUUCCAUAACCGCAUACUAUCGACAUGGUCUGCGAGAAAAAUCCGUUGGUCCGAAAAAUCAGAGAGUUGUAUGAACAAAUUGCGAGCCUCUCGAGUCUCAAACCCUCCGAAGAUGUCAACGCGUUCUUCACACAACUCGUCGUCACAUGUAUCCCGCCGAGCCGGAUUGAUGUCACCAAGCUUUGCAAAGAUGUUCAAGACAUGAGGUCUAAGUUGAUUCGACUAUGCGGCGAAGCCGAGGGACAUUUGGAGAAUCAUUUCUCGGCGAUCUUAGCAUCCUACGAGAACCCUCUUCACCAUCUCGACGUUUUCCCUUACUACUCGAAUUACCUUAAACUCAGUCAACUCGAAUUCGACAUCCUCACCAAACACUGCCCGAGUGUGCCCAAUAAAGUCGCGUUUGUUGGUUCCGGUCCUCUUCCCUUGACCUCGAUUGUAUUGGCCUCUUUCCACCUCAAAAGUACCAUUUUUGACAACUACGACAUCGACCCUUUGGCCAAUUCCAAGGCCAUCCAAUUGGUCUCUUCCGACCUUGAUUUAUCUGGACGGAUGUCGUUUCACACCACGGACAUAAUCAAUGUCACACAUGCUUUGAAAGAGUACGAUGUCGUCUUCUUGGCGGCUCUCGUCGGGAUGGACAAAGAUGAGAAAGUGAGAGUCAUUGAUCAUUUGGCUAAGUACAUGAGCCCCGGGGCGGUUUUGAUGCUGAGAAGUGCACACGGUGCUCGGACUUUCCUUUAUCCGGUCGUCGAUCCUUGUGACCUACGAAGAUUCGACGUCCUCUCAAUAUUCCAUCCUACCGAUGAAGUUAUCAACUCCGUGGUGAUUGCACGUAAAUCGCCAUCGGAUAAACAAAGUACCGGUCAGCAGCCUCUGGGGCCAAUGAAGUUGCCCAACAAGUUUUUCGACAUUGAAAUGUUUAAUCCCCUUCUCAACCAUGUGAACCUGAUGGAUGAACUUGAUAUUGAGGACCAAAUCUCGUGAAAAGCAUGGUUUUAGUCCCUCUACUAUACUGAAAUUUAUGAUAUAGUCCUAUUUUAAUUUGGCA